ACCUGGGACUGCAUCUUCACUCAUCCAACUAUCAUGACGCCUUCCACAAAACCUGAGACUUUCCUGCUAACCUCCAUGCUGCUCUGCACCCUCCUGGGUCUGGGGUACCCACUGAGCUGUGAGGUGUGUAUCAGGAAUGGAGCCAUAUGCACUGGAGUAAUGAAGACUUGCGCCCAGGACGAGGACUCCUGCAUCUCCGUCAUGACUGAGACUAACAAUAAGGGCUCUGUGGACGUGACCAGCUACAAAGGGUGCUCGAAAUCCAGUGAGUGUGACCCGGCAUUCCUCUCCAUCACCGUGGCUCCGGAGAACUACAUGGGGUCCAACACGCGCUGCUGCCAGACCAAUGGCUGCAACCACAAACCCCUGCCGGCGUUCAGGAGAAAUCUGACAGAGAAUGGCCUUCGGUGUCCUUCCUGCUUCAGCGUCUCCACGGAAACAUGCACCCCGACUCAGGAAGUGCCCUGUAUUGGCGAGGAAACCCGCUGUGUCACCUUGACUGGCCUUGCACAGCCUGGCAUCAAAUUUGCUGCCCAGGGCUGUGGCACAGAGGCCGCCUGCCACAGCAAGCCUGGGACGCUGGUGCCCUCAGGCUCUCAUUUGUUGACCAUCAAGAAGACCAGCUGUCGUCCAAGCCCCCAGGAUUCUGGCAAGGCUGAGUGAAGAACUGAGGCCCAUGUGGUG